GCCCAGCUCCGCGCCUCUGCCCAGCCCGGCUCGCUGCGCGCCUUCGGGCUCCAAGACCAGCGAGAUGGCGCCAAGGAGGAACGGCCAGUGCGGGCGUCUGCUCUUGCUGCUCUCCGUCUCCGCCCUUCUCCCUGCUGUCCCUUGGACCCGCGCCGCGACAGACCCGGCGUCCCACGGCCACCUGGACCUCACGGAGCUCAUCGGGGUCCCGCUGCCCGCCUCCGUGUCCUUUGUCACUGGCUUUGGCGGCUUCCCUGCCUACAGCUUCGGGCCCGGCACCAACAUCGGCCGCCCUGCACGCACGCUCAUCCCACCCACCUUCUUCAGGGACUUUGCCGUCAGCGUCACAGUGAAGCCCACCAGUGUCCGUGGGGGCGUGCUCUUUGCCAUCACCGACGCCCUGCAGAAGGUCAUCUACCUGGGCCUGCGGCUCUCGGCCGUGGAGGACGGCUGGCAGCGGGUCAUCCUCUACUACACGGAGCCCGGCUCUCUCGUGUCCCACGAGGCCGCCGUCUUCCCGGUGCCGGUCAUGGCCCACCGGUGGAACCGCUUCGCUGUGGUUGUGCAGGGUGAGGAGGUGGCCCUGGUGGUGAACUGUGAGGAGCACAGCCACGUCUCCUUCCGCCGGUCCGCCCGGGCCCUGAAGAUCGAACCCAGCGCGGGCAUCUUCGUGGGCAAUGCAGGGGCCACGGGCCUGGAGAGAUUCGUCGGCUCCCUGCAGCAGCUCAUCAUCCACCCUGACCCCAGGACCCCCGAGGAGCUGUGUGAGGCUGAAGAGUCCUCGGCCUCUGGAGAGAUGAGCGGGCUUCCGGAGACGGACGGAGUCGCUGAGAUCCUGGAGGCCGUCAUGUACACCCAAGUCCCGCCGGAAGCAGCAAAGGCAGACCCCAUCAACAUGCCUCCAACUCUCGCGCCCCCCUCUGAGGACGUGGAGCUAUCCGGCGAGCCUGUGCCUGAGGAGACCCCAGAAGCCGCCAACCUGAGCUUCGUGCACAGCCUCUCCGAGCAAGGGUCUGGGGAGAUCCUGAAUGACACCCUGGAGGGGUUUCACACUGUGGACGGUGACCCCAUAACAGACGGUGGCUCGGGGGAUGGGGCCUUCCUUGGUGCUGGGAACGAGCAGGGUCCACAUGCUGAAGAAGGCUUAGCAGCAACCGCGUCAACUGACGAGGCUGAGGGGUCUGCCAACACGACCUGGGAAACAGAGACUGGCAGCGGGGAGCUGGCCCCCUCCAGGUCCACUGAGCAGCCAGCAGCGUGGGUCACAACAGCUCCAGAUAACAAAGGCAGUUUAGCUGCCACCACGGCAGGGGAGUCCGAGGUAUCUGUCAGCAGCGCUGGGGAAGAGGCUGAGGCUGGCAGUGUGUCCACCCAGGGACCAGCCCCCUCCGUGUCCACUGCCGAGAUCCUCGGGGAGGAGGCUGCACCGGGUCCAGAGAGUGAGGGAAGUGGGGCAGCCACUGCAGAUGUGCCACUCAGCACCGCAGAGGAGGCCAGCAGGGCCCCCACAGACGGGCUGGCCCUCCUGAUGCCCACGACAGCCCCUGGAGGAGAGAGCACUUCAGGUCCUGGUGACGGAGCUCCAUCUGCAACCACAGACCAGGCCCUGACCACUACGUGGGAAGACCAGUCCGGCAGUGAGCCGCCCAUUGGGCCGCCGCUCCCCGCCCCCACAAUGGCUCCUGAGCAAGCAGUCACUCCAGUGGGCGUGGAACUCGAGGGCUCUGGGCUGGCCGGGAGCUCUGGCUUGGACUUCGGCUCUGGCUCUGGUGACCUGGUGCACAGGGAGGACCUAUUAAGAGGUCCCCCAGGCCCACCGGGCCCACCCGGCUCUCCUGGGACUCCUGGGACGCCAGGAGCUGAUGUUUUCUUGAGCCCACCCGGACCUCCUGGUGAAGAUGGACCUGCCGGUGAACCUGGGCCCCCGGGCCCCGAGGGAGAACCUGGAGUCGAUGGAGCCUCUGGCCUUCCUGGGAUGAAGGGAGAAAAGGGACCACAAGGGCCUGAUGGUUCAGUUGGUGAAAAGGGUGACCCUGGCAACAGAGGUUUGCCGGGACUCCCAGGCAAGAACGGAGAAGUUGGCACUCCAGGGGUCAUGGGUCCCCCAGGGCCCCCCGGGCCGCCCGGACCCCCAGGCCCUGCCUGUGAAGUCGGACUUGGAUUUGAGGACGGCGAAGGCUCUGGGAGCCCCAGGCUCUGGAGUGAACCCAGAAUCCCCAGGCCAACGGCAUCGAGUGGUCAGAAAGGAGAAAAAGGAGACCAGGGACCCAAGGGUGACCGGGGAAUGGAUGGCACUGGCCGCAUGGGACCCCCUGGGCCCCGGGGUCCACCAGGCCGCAUUGAGAUCUUGCCUAGUGCUUUCAUCAACAUCACCCACGGACUCAUGAAUUUCUCUGACAUUCCUGAGCUCAUUGGGCCUCCGGGGGCAGAGGGCAUGCCUGGGCUGCCAGGGUUUCCGGGCCCCAAAGGAUCAAAAGGGGACACUGGCAUACCUGGAUUUCCGGGACUGAAGGGGGAGCAGGGGGAGAAGGGGGAGCCGGGCGCUGUCUUGACCGGAGACAUUCCUUUGGAAAGGCUGAUGGGGAAAAAGGGUGAACCUGGGGUCCACGGAAGCCCCGGGCCAAUGGGGCCCAAAGGACCACCAGGACAUAAAGGGGAGUUCGGCCUCCCGGGACGGCCUGGUCGCCCAGGACUGAAUGGCCUGAAGGGUGCCAAGGGAGAUCGAGGGGUCAUGAUACCGGGACCACCUGGCUUACCUGGGCCUCCAGGCCCCCCGGGACCGCCUGGACCUAUGAUUAACAUCAAAGGAGCUGUUUUCCCAGUACCUGCCCGGCCACACUGCAAGACGCCAGUUGGUGCCCCGCAUCUGGAGAAUUCGGAGCUCAUCACCUUCCAUGGUGUUAAAGGAGAAAAAGGUGCUUGGGGUCUUCCUGGCUCCAAAGGAGAAAAAGGGGACCCAGGAUCCCAGGGACCACCAGGUCCUCCGGUGGAUCCAACCUAUCUGAGACAUAUUCUGAACAGUCUGAAGGGAGAGAAUGGAGACAGGGGCUUCAAGGGGGAAAAAGGAGACUCUAUGGGCCACUUCUUUGUGUCUGGGCCCCCAGGCCUGCCAGGAAGUCCCGGAGUGGUUGGCCAGAAAGGGGAGCCGAUCGUCGGGCCCCAAGGACCUCCAGGUGCUCCUGGCCUGCCUGGACCCCCUGGCUUUGGAAGACCUGGCAUCCCUGGGCCCCCAGGACCCCCGGGGCCCCCAGGACCUCCAGCUAUCCUGGGAGCAGCUGUGGCCCUUCCUGGUCCUCCUGGCCCACCAGGACAACCCGGGCUUCCUGGAUCCAGAAACUUGGUCACCGCGCUCAGCAGCAUGGACGAGAUGCUGCAGAAGGCGCACCUGGUGAUAGAGGGGACCUUCAUCUACCUGAGGGACAGCACUGAGUUCUUCCUACGCGUCAAGGAUGGCUGGAAAAAACUGCAGCUGGGAGAACUGAUCCCCAUCCCUGCGGACAGCCCUCCACCCCCUGCGCUUGCCAACAACCCAUAUCAGCAUCAGCCGCAGCCCCCACUGCCGCCCAUUUUCAGUGCCAACUACGAGAGGCCCGCACUGCACUUGGUGGCUCUGAACACUCCGGUUUCUGGGGACAUUCGUGCCGAUUCGCAGUGCUUCCAGCAGGCCAGGGCUGCAGGGCUGCUGUCCACCUACCGGGCAUUUCUGUCCUCCCAUUUGCAAGAUCUCUCCACAAUUGUGAGGAAAGCAGAGAGGUACAGCCUGCCCAUAGUGAACCUCAAGGGCCAACUACUUUUCAAUAAUUGGGACUCAAUUUUCUCUGGCCAUGGAGGGCAAUUCAAUACUCACAUUCCGAUAUAUUCCUUUGAUGGCCGAGACGUGAUGACGAAUCCUUCUUGGCCCGAGAAGAUCAUCUGGCAUGGCUCCAGCGCCCACGGCAUCCGCCUUGUGGAUCACUACUGCCAAGCGUGGCGGACCUCGGACAUGGCCGUCACGGGACUCGCCUCCCCGCUGAGCACGGGGAAGCUUCUGGACCAGAAGGCAUACAGCUGUGCCAGUCGGCUGAUUGUCCUGUGUAUCGAAAACAGCUUCAUGACUGACGCUCGGAAGUAGCCAACGACCUUCCAAAGAUGCCUAAACGUGGUCCAGCUUCCUUGUGUGAAAAGUUGACACUGACAUUUCAGAUGUUUAAAUGUUGUAAAUAUGACAGUGUUUUUUUAAAAUUACACAUUCAUCACAACAGCAACCAAAGAAAACAUACCUCAAUACGCUCAAAACUGAAGUGAUAAGGGACUUAGAUCAAAGACAAAAUCCGAUCCAUAUAUUGGUGCUAGACUCUGCAGGAAACCUCAUGCAGUCGGUAGGACACUCGCCCCGGCCAGGUUAAGGGCAAGUUAAAAAAAAAGGCCAUGCAUGGCCUUCUGCACACUGCAUCCUUCAAGAAGUGAUUGCUUCCUUCCAACCAACCGUUGCGAUUGAGUGCAAGAUGUGUUUCAUGUUUUCUUUCCAAGCCAGUGUUUAGAAACGUGACCCGUACCUAAGUUAUGUGCAGACUAACCAUAUGCUUUGUUCUCAAACAGCCACCCAUCAUCUGCAACGGCUCUUCAUACACCCCCAGACACAAAACUGCUCAGCGAUCCUAUUGGUCCUUGCAGACAUUACCAGACUUUAAUGUUUUCCUCUUUAACAGCAUUGCUACGGGGCUUUGGGGGUUUUGUAUUGUUACGCGAUCAUAUGUUAGUAUGGCUUCUGUUUAUAGAACUGACUUGCUGGAGAAGUCGAGACUCCAAGUGAUCUGAAAUGAACAAAGAAACAGCAUGGCAUCCCGACAUUCCCCUCGCCCGCCUCCCCCCACCCCAGUUUACUCCUGAUGCCGGGACUUUCAUUUGGCAACUCUUGAAUUAUAACUGUACCUUUUCCUGAGACCAAAAGGCCCCAGGGAUGAAUUUUCUGAGGCACCUGUCUCUUCGUGCUGUACACAUUGAUCAUUUUUCCAUGUAAGUGACAUAAAAACAUCUUUUCCAGGCA